GCAGAUGAGAAUUAUCCAUGAAAAAUUCACCAAUUAAAUUUUUGUAAGCUUGCCCAAAUUUGCUUCUGCGAUUUUUUUGCAUGUAGUAAGAAUGACCCUUUGUUUACAAUGUUGCGAAGAACUUCAAACCACUUGAUUGAUUCACACGUUUUUUCUAAUGUGUACUGAACAAGGGUUUUGAACUUUCCAGGGAAGAAACUGUUAACAAAAAAUUGCAUUUAAUAAACACUCUCUUUCAUUCUAGAACGAAGUAGUUCAUGUAAUAAUUUUUUUUUAAAUGUUCUCACCCAAAUAAAUUUGAUCUCGUUCAUUCUGGAGAGCACUCUUAUUCAUGCAGUAUUUGUAACACAACAUUCACACCAAAAAUAAUUUAAAUUAAAUACAUUCUUAUUUAUAUUUGUGAGAAGCCUUAUUUAUACAAUGUGUAACACAACGUUUACAUCGAGUGAUAGUUUAAAUAAGCACUCGAUUGUUUUUUCUGGAGAAAAGCAUUACUCAUGUUGUGAGUGUGAUAAAACAUUCACGCAGAAAUCCAGUUUAAGUAAGCACUCUCUUUUACACUCUGGAAAGAAGCCUUAUUCAUGCAGUGUUUGUGACAAAGCAUUCUUACGGAUAAGUCAUUUGAAAGAACACUCUCUUGUUCAUAGUGAGAUAAAGCUUUUUUCAUGCAGUGUGUGUGAUAAAACUUUCUCGCAUAAACAAAGUUUAAAUAGACAUUUAGCUGGUCAUACUGGAGAGAAAUCUUAUUCUUGCAGUAUAUGUGAAAAAUCUUUUAGGCAGAAAUAUAAUUUAAACAAACACUCUCUUGUUCAUACCGGAGAAAAACCCUAUUUAUGCAGUAUGUGUGAUAAAUCAUUCUCACGGAAAAUUCAUUUAAAUAGUCAUUUGCUUCUUCAUACUGGAGAGAAACCUUAUUCAUGCAGUUUGUGUAAUAAAAGAUUCACACAGAUAGCUCAUUUAAAAAAACAUUUGCUCCUUCAUACUGGAGAGAAACCUUAUUCAUGUAGUAUGUGUGAUAAAGUUGCAGCGGCUGCUGCGUUUGAGCCGAUUUCAAGCUAA